AUGAGCAAUAUUCCUCCCUCUCAACAUCCAGCUUCAUAACCUGGCCCAUACUAAUAACCAACAUUUUAACCAGGAUUCGCUCCAUAAUAUGCUCCUGCUCCAGUGACUUAUGGACCCCCUCUUACCUCAUCCCCAUUGAGAUAUUCACAACCCCUUUAUUAAGCACCAGUUGUUUAACAACCAGUGUAUGCUCAACCAGUUGUUUAAUAACCAGUCUAUACUCAACCAGUUGUUCAAUAACCAGUCUAUACUCAACCAGUUGUUCAAUAGCCAGUCUAUGCUCAACCAGUUGUCUAACAACCAAUAGUCACACAAUCAGUCGUCGCCCAACCAGUCGUUGCUCAACCAGUUGUUGCAGCAUAACCAAUCCAAGGAGAAAGCAGAAUUGAAUAUGUCCCAUAUGAAAAGACAGUCAUAGAAUACGAGGAAGUCAGAUAAAAAGUUUAAGUGCCAAGAGAAAAAUAUGUUACAGAUUAUUAUGCAGUGGAAUACCAAACUGAAUAUGUACCAUAAGUAUACUAAGAGAAAUACACAGAAUACGUCCCUGUUGAUAGAUAUCAAGAAAGAGUUGAAUAUUAUCCAGUUGAAAGAUAAGUUGUUCACUAAUAAGUCUAACCAGUCCAAUAAGUUGUUGCUUAACCAGUUGUCUAAUAACCUGUCUAAUACGUUUAACAACCAGUCCAAGUUGUUUAACCCUAACCAGUCUAAGUUUACUAAUAGCCAAUUGUCUAAUAACCCUUGGUCCAAUCCAUCCCCGUAUAAACUGUUCGUCCACCAGUUGGCCCUGUUUAUGCCCCAACUACCACUCUUCCAUUGGGCUAAACCGUUUCACCAAGACACCCUGGAGCACCUGUCACAGCCAAACCAUUGGAUAAAACAUAAGGACCCAAUUAACCAGCCCAAUAAUAGAAUAAGCCAAAAAGCUUUUUGGACAGAUUGUUUGACAGAGAUUGAAUUGAGCAAUUAUGAAUAUUUUUAUAAAUGCACAAAUAACAUUUAAAAUUUUGAAUUUUUA